GACUGUGUGCCGCAACUACCCGUACGCCGAUCCGCCCGCCAGCGUCAUGUCGACGGAGGGCGGUCUGGGCGGCCCGGGCGCCUCCCCCGCCGCCCUACCGUCGCCCGGGGGCGGCAAGCUGCCCGCCCUCGACCCCGCCCUCGACCGCUUCCUCGGCAAGGGCUCGCCGUUCGCGCCCGCCUCCUGCGAUCCGCAGCGGCAUUCGCAGAGCGACGACGACAGCGGCUGCGCGUUGGAGGAGUACACGUGGGUGCCGCCCGGCUUAAGGCCAGAUCAGGUCCACCUGUACUUCAGCGCCCUGCCCGAGGACAAGGUCCCCUACGUGAACUCGGCCGGGGAACGGUACCGAGUACGUCAAUUGCUGCAGCAACUGCCCCCUCACGAUAACGAAGUGCGCUACUGCCAUGCGCUUUCGGACGAGGAGCGCAAAGAACUGAGGUUGUUCUCUGGACAGAGGAAAAGGGAGGCACUGGGCAGGGGGGCAGUAAGGCAGCUGCCCGCCCCCGUGCACUGCGAUGCGUGCGACGAGACGUUGUCGACUGGCGACAUCUGCGUGUUCGCGAGCCGAGCCGGCCCGAACACGUGCUGGCACCCAGCCUGCUUCGCGUGCUCCGUCUGCAGAGAGUUGCUGGUCGAUCUCAUCUACUUCUACAAGGACGGCAGGCUGUACUGCGGCAGGCACCAUGCAGAGACAGUCAAGCCUAGGUGCUCGGCCUGCGACGAGAUCAUCCUUGCGGACGAGUGCACGGAAGCGGAGGGCCGCGCGUGGCACAUGAAGCACUUCGCGUGCUCGGAAUGCGAGCGACAGCUGGGCGGACAGCGGUACAUCAUGCGGGACGGCAGGCCGUACUGCCUCGCCUGCUUCGACGCCUCCUUCGCCGAGUACUGCGACUCCUGUGGCGAACAUAUCGGCGUCGAUCAGGGCCAGAUGUCGCACGAGGGUCAGCACUGGCAUGCGGCCGACGCGUGCUUCUGCUGCCGCACGUGCCGCUCCUCGCUGCUCGGCCGCCCCUUCCUGCCCCGCCGCGGCGCCAUCUUCUGUUCGAUAGCGUGCAGCAAGGGCGAGCCGCCCACGCCCAGCGACAGCUCCGGACCGAACACCAGAAUCCCCCGCCAGCAAUCGAGAACCCGCCCCCCACGCCCCCCGUCGCCCAACGAGAGCAGCACGCCGCCGCCCCAGUCGCCCUCCGCCUCCCGCCACCUGCCCACCACGCCCCCCGCCCUCCUCGCCCGCUCGCCCACCACGAGCGGCACGCGCUCGCCCAAGAUGGGCAGGAGGGCGUUGCAGCGGUCGCCGCGGCCGAUGACGGGCGGGGCGUCCGUGCCCAGCACGCCCAGUCUGUCGGAUAAUGGUGGGGGAGGCAACGAGUUGGUGGGGCAUGAGGAUGGGGCAGAUGCGCUCAUGAGAGGGCUGCCUGCCGCUUCGCCCAGCUGCCGCGGCCUGGACAGGGUGCUGCUGGAGCGCAACCUCGAGCGCCUGCUAACGGAAAGGGGGAGCGCCGCGCCCGGACUCGCCGGCGACCUUGAGAAGCUGCUGGCGGCGCGCGACCGCAGCCGCGAACCACUCCAUCUCGCCGACCUCAGUCUGGACGAUUGGCCGUCGCGAACGGGAGAGGAGGAGGAGGAGGGAUGCCGGCGGGAUCAGGAGAAGUUGGUGCAGAACAACCUCGACUCUGCACCACACCACGCCUCUUCGAUGCCCGAACUAGCCCUCGAAAGCCCCGGAACCUCUACUACACCAGGGUCGCCUAAUAAGAGGGGGGGCAGGGGGAAUCUGAGCGUACGUUUUCAGGGGGACAACGAGGCGUUCGAGAGGGACGAGCGAGACCUCGCCGAAGAGGAGGAGGAGGAAGCUUCGAGGAGGUUUCCUAGGAGUCGCAGCUACUCUGGGGGGCGGUCCAGGCAGCACGUCGACACGCUGGAGAGGCGGGGCGGCAAGCAGAGGAGGGGGGCCCACGGGGCGGCCGGCUCUUCGAGGCACAGGAGCCGAGACCACCACCACCGCGACGUCGAAGAAGACGACGACGCCGCCAGCUACUGUUCGACCUGCUCGUCGAGCUCCUCCAGCGACGACCUCGACUACCAGCUGCCGCCGCGACGCGCGUACGGCGGCGUCCGCAUCUCCUACGUGCCCAACGACGCGUUGGCCAUCGCCCGAAGGCGGCAGGCGUCGGUCCAGAAGUCGCCCACGGGGGGCAGAGGCAAUAAGGCGGCGUUGGAGGACAAGGACAAGAAUUGCGUGGUGUCGUGAUGGUUGGCGAAGGUCGUUGGGUUUUGCCAGGGCUGUUGUCAUCGGUUUUAGUAUCAUGGACUGUUCCAGAUCGCAAAAACAUAAAUAGUACCAGAUCGCACUUGAAAGAUGUAGUGUGGAAUUAAGAAUUUAAUAGGAGGACAAGGACAAGAAUUGUGUGGUAUCGUGAUGAUUGACAAUGGUCAUUGGGUGCUGCUAUACAGGGUGUUUCUUAAGUACGUGUAGAUGUAUUCAACUUUGACACUCUGUAUCUCAGAAACGAAUAACUUUCGGACAUAUAUUUAUACAAACUUUUCUUCUCAUUUUGACGUCAGAAACAUGCUCCUGAAUUUUCUAUACGUACUCAAGGAACACCCUGUAUAUAAGGGACUUUCGCGGGUUUGAAAGGUGGAAACGUGGAGAAUGAGGGUUUGUUUAUUAGGGCUGGGCAUUGAUAAUAAUUAUCAUAACUCAUCAGAAAACAACAAUUUGACGCCAGUAUUUGCUAUUUAAAUACUUCUCCACCUUCAAAAAUAUAGUAGUUUUUCAGAGUAUCUGCCCAGCUCUGUUCUGGAUUUAUUUUUCUAAUCUACCGAAAUACCUCUAUACUCGCCAGGUAUAUCAAAAAAUUCGAAUACAACAGUUAUAGAAUUUUAUGAGAGCUAUCACCUAAAAUUAUUUUCAAAUCUAUAGGAUGUUCGAAUUCCAAGAUAUCGGGGUCUAGCAGAAAUGAUUACAGAGAUAUAAGGUGUUCAGAAUCGAAAAUUUUCAAAUUUGGUUUUUUUGUGCCAGAACUAUUCCUUAUUGAUCGAAACGGCUUACAUAUCCCUAUCUCAACGUUUGAUUCACAUCUACUGAAAUUUAUUUGAAAUAUAUACAGGGUGAUCAGAAAUCUUGAAUUUUGAACCACCCUGUAUUUGUUCCAAUUAAGUGUCAGUAGACGGUGAAUCAAAAGUUGAGAUAGGGUCAUGUAAGCCGUUUCGACCAAUGAUAAAUAGUUUCAACUAAAAAAAAAAAGGAUUCUGAACACCCUAUAUCUCUAUAAACAUUUCAGCUAGUCCCCAAAUGCGAUACAUUGAUGAAAUCAGCUCUUAUAUAAGGGAGAAUCUAAAGAUGUAAUAAUAUACAGGGUGUCUCAUUUGAGAAUACCCAUCACCAACCGAUAUCUUGGAAUUCGAACACCCUAUAGAUAUGAAAAUAAUUUUAGGUGAUUGUUCCUAAGAAACCCGUAUAACUCUUGUAUUCGAAUUUUUUCUAUAUAUCUGACGGUUUGGCUAAUAUAGAAGGAGAACACACUAUUGAGUCCCCCUGUAUAAAACAACGAGAGCUGUUUCGAUAUUAUUUAGGGCAUCCUCAACGGUGAGGCAUUUUAUUUUGGUAUGAAACUUUUUAAAAAUAAAGGAAAUAUUACCGAUCAAAGUUCUAAUACCUAUUUUUUCGUAAAAUAGGUUUUGAAUAGGUAUUUUGGAUGAGAAAUAUGUGUAUAUGAAGAAUUGGAAUUCGGUAUUUAUGAGUUUUGUGUUAAAAGAACCUGUUCAAAUAGUUUUGCCUUGAUAUUGUGUAUGCUUGAAUUUUUGUUCUUAUACAGAGUGCCGAAUGAAUACUCUUCGCCUCCGGAAAUUUCGUUGGCGUUGAAUUUCACAAUUUCUAGCAGGGAAAUAAUCCCACCCAUAAUAUUAUGGAUGUCUAUUGAAUUGAUAUACAUGUACAAAUUAGAUACUGAGCUAUGCCGACUGUACUUAUUGUAAAUUACAAUCUAUUUAUGAAGAUAAUAUAAUAUCAACUAGCGUUUUUAAUUUUGUAUAUUGUAUAUAGAUUUUUAUUGAAUGUAUCUACAUCAUUUUGAAAUAAAGAAUAUUCCUAC